AUGUGGCCCUCCUCCGGCCCUCCCAGCAGGCCCCUCCCCUACAGCCACCUCCCUCCCGAGAUGGCCGGCAUGGUCGGCCUCCGUGACGUCUUCGUCGUGGCCCCUGCCGCCGCCUACCACCACAACAACCAUCACCACCUCCACCACCACCACCACGAUCCCAAUCUCCUCUCCCCCUCCUCCGACCCUCACCAUUCCAUCAACGCCUCCACCAACCCCGCCACCGCUCUCGGUGUCGGGGUUGGCGUCGGCGUCAUCCCUCUCCUCACCACCACCCCUUGUCUUGCCCCGCCAAAUAUCUCAAAUGUCGACGAUGACGAAGAUAAUAAUGCCCACACUCCUACAGGCAUGAGCAUGGGCAUGGGCAUGGGUAUGGGUAUGGGAAUGGGUAUGAGUAUGAGCAUGGGUAUGAUGAGCAGCGGCCAGCAUCGAAACAACCGAAGCGCCGGAGGAGGAGGAGGAAUUCAGCUGUGGCAGCAGCCCCAGCCCCACUUCUUCAAGAAAACUCCACAUGAUCUGGCUGCUACGAGUCUCGGCGGGACCCACUUGGUUCAAGGUGGUGGCGGCGGCGGAGUAGGAAAUAACGUUAUGAAUUCCGGCUCUGCCGCUGCCUCCGGGACCUCGACAAUGACGUGUCAAGAUUGUGGGAAUCAGGCGAAGAAAGACUGCACGCACAGGCGGUGCAGGACGUGCUGCAAAAGCCGGGGGUUCGACUGUGCCACUCACGUGAAGAGCACAUGGGUCCCGGCAGCUCGGCGGAGAGAGCGGCAGCUGAUGUCUGGUGCGGCUGGAGGUGGGGCUGGGUCUAAUUCUGGGUCUACAUCCAGUGCCAAGAAGCCUAGGCUCAUUGGCGCCUCCCAAACGACAACGUCUCAUACUUCCACUUCAAACACCACCCCCCCUAGAAGCUAUGAUACUAGCUCUAGUCACCAAGAUGCUGGUUUCAAGGAGUCAUUGCCGGGCCAAGUACGUGCUCCGGCGGUGUUCAAGUGCGUUCGGGUGACUGCGGUGGAAGACGGUGACGAUGAGUACGCAUAUCAGGCAGUUGUGAAAAUUGGUGGCCAUGUGUUCAAAGGGUUCUUGUAUGAUCAAGGGGUUGAAGGUAGAGAGGGGUUUCCCAACAUCUCCGAAUUGCAUUUGGGGGGUGGCGGCGGCACUAGUGGUGGUGGCAAUGGUGGACGAAACGGGGCUUCUUCCCCGAUUCUCGACACGUCGGACGUUUAUGGGGCGUCUAGUGGAGGAUUGCUGGGAGGUUCAAACUUGGUAAUCCAAUAA